GUGGAAGCCCAAGCUAGAAGCGGAAGUCGGUCAGUAGUGUAGAAGAGUCCUGACAGGUGGCAGUGCGACAAGGAGAAGCGCCAAACCGAAGGAAACUAUGAAGAACGAAGGCAUAGAGGGGACGCAGCGGUUCCUGAGCCCGGAGAGUGGUCGAGGCCUCCAGGCGUUGAGGCAGUUCUCGGUGGGGGAAUUAGUGUUCGCUUGCCCAGCUUACGCGUAUGUGCUGACGGAGACGGAGAGAGGCGCGCACUGCGAGCACUGCUUCACCAGGAAAGAAGACCUGUCUAAAUGUGGCAAAUGUAAGCAGGCCUACUAUUGCAACGUUGACUGCCAGAGAGGUGAUUGGCCGAUGCACAAGCUGGAAUGUGUUGCCAUGUGUGCUUACGGGGAAAACUGGUGUCCUUCGGAGACAGUCAGACUGGUGGCCAGAAUCAUCAUGAAACAGAGAGUCACGACAGAGCGCACACCCUCAGAGAGACUACUGCUGCUCAAAGAGUUUGAAGCACAUUUAGAUCAAAUGGACAGUGAAAAGGAGGAAAUGAACCAAACCGACAUCGCCGCCCUUCACCACUUCUAUUCCAAACACAUCAGCAACCUCCCAAAUGACCAGGCUCUCAUUGAGCUCUUUGCGCAGGUGAACUGCAAUGGCUUCACCAUAGAAGACGAGGAGCUCUCACAUCUUGGCUCGGCUGCUUUUCCCGAUGUAGCACUGAUGAACCACAGCUGCAGUCCAAAUGUCAUUGUGACUUACAAAGGCACAGUGGCUGAGGUCAGAGCCGUAAAGGAGAUCAGCCCCGGAGAGGAGAUCUUUAACAGUUACAUCGACUUGUUGUACCCCACAGAGGACCGCAUGGAACGGUUGUUAGACGCCUACUUCUUUACAUGUCGGUGUACUGAGUGCACCACCAAGUCCAAGGACAAAGAAAAGAUGGAAGUCCGUAAGCUUAGUUCCGGAGCGCCUGAGCCUGAAGAAAUCCGAUCCAUGGUCCGUUAUGCCAAGAGUGUCAUCGAGGAGUUCAGGAGAGCAAAACACUACAAGAGUCCGAGCGAGCUGCUGGAGAUGUGUGAACUCAGCCAAGAGAAAAUGGCCGCCAUAUUUGCAGAUACCAACGUCUACAUGCUGCACAUGAUGUAUCAGGCCAUGGGCGUCUGUCUAUACAUGCAGGACUGGGACGGAGCCAUGAACUAUGGAGAAAAGAUUGUUCACCCAUACAGUGUGCACUAUCCGGCCUACUCUCUAAAUGUGGCGUCCAUGUAUCUGAAACUGGGCCGAUUGUAUUUGGGGCUGGAGAAGAAGACACAAGGAGUCAAAGCACUCAAUAAGGCGGUGGCCAUCAUGGAGGUGGCUCAUGGUAAAGAUCACCAUUAUGUCGCAGAAGUCAAACGAGAAAUUGAAGAGCAGAAGUGAGGGGAAAAGGAAGUUCCUCAAACGCAAGAAAAACCCAAACACCCUGAUGGGAUGGCAUGCAUCUUUUUACCUCUUUGUUUGACACCUACCCCAUUUUCUUCACGCCUCACGUACCCAAUUUUCUUCAUGCCUUUUCAGUGGGAUUUGACUUUAUUUUUAAUAUUUUUACAGCUAUGUAUUUUGGAUGUGCCCAGCACCUUCAUCAGGAUUAUCAUUUGUAACCAGAAAGGAUUUUUGGAGAACUUAACAUUUUGAAGACUCAUUAAGACAUUAGCCUUGACUGAACUUGACAUCAGCCAAUGUUCCAACUGCACUGUCUCCUUCCACUGCAGAUGUGAGACUUUUCAGUCUUAUGUAUAUAUAAAAAGGUUGUACUCUUGUUUUACACAAUGUGGAAGUUCCAUAUCAUGGUGUUUCUCCAUUAUCUCUGUUUGAAUUUCUUUGGUCACUCCCUAAAUGUAGCGAAUAGUCUGGUAUGAUUCCUGACCAAUCGCAACAUUGUCGGCAUGUUCGGGUAGAAGAAGCUUCAAAGUCUGAUACACGUUUGUCUUCUACAUGACUACACAAGUAUUUUCCUAAAAAAAGUGCUUGAAAUGAGCAGGAUGGGGUUCCUUUAAUUUCUAUCAAGCAUUAGUGUUUUUUGAUCCUUUAAAUUCUUGUUGGAUUGCUGUUAAAAAAAAUCAGCCUGUAUCAGCAGAUACUCUGUAGCAACAGGAGAGAAAAUGCAAACUGUUCCUGGUUCAGUAUUCGUCUUGUUUGUAUUUGUCUUAUUUACUUGUUUGACUGUACUUUAAAGAAAAAUGGGGUGUUCAUGUUUUAUAUUAAAUCACUUUUUCCCAAAAAUGAGGUUUGUUGACCAACAGCAACUCGAUAUAGUCAGUUAUCAGACCAGUGUACUAGGUACACCUGCACAAUUUAAUCGUAAGAAAUACUUGUAUCAUGCAGUGCAUUUGUAAAUCAGAAUAAUAUAUACAUUGAUAAAUUAUACCGUAUAUGACAGUCUCUAUUUCUGCGGCUCCUUGUAUUAGGUGAAAGUUUGUUAUAUUGUGCAGGUGUAGCUAACGACAAGGACCGUAAGUUAUUUUAUUGUCACUGAGAGAGAGCUCACCUUUAGGGCAAAAGUGUAUGUUUUCUUCUCUCUUAAACUCCGCAAACAACAUUUCAGCCUUUUAUUACUUGCUCCCUUCUAGCUACAGUUGUGUAAAGUUAAGUACUCAAACGGGGUCUCAAUUUGUUGCAGCCACAACUCACCCUUGCAUGUAUUUUGAUCAUGUAAAAUAUGUAUCAAUACUUGAAUGUGUGUUUGCACUCUAGUAAGAACAUUAUUUCAUUACUGGCCUACAGGAAAUAGUGUCAAUAAGUAUUGGUUCUAGGAGGAAAGGAAACUUACAUUCUGAAAGCUUUGUGAAAUGUCUGAUUAUUUUGUGUAGUCAAAGGUAGAGAUUCUUUAAUGUAUACAGGGCUUUUAACAUGUUGCACUCAAAUGUUGCAUACAUUUUUUGUAUUUAUUGCAAGGUUCUAGAUGUUCACAUCAUGCACUGGCAGUAUCAGUAGCCUUUUCAUCUUCCUUUCGAACAAUGAGUCUGACUUGUUGUCAUGGAGUGUCACAAACUGUAGCAACUGUCUGCUCUCUGGCCUGUUAUAAAGAGUGCACCUACACUGCUUUCUUUGCAGAGCAAUUAAAAAUGUUUACCACAUCAAUCUUAAGGGCUGUGUAACUAUAAGCAUUUAAAUGAACCUCUUUUCCAAUGAUGUCAUGAAGGAAAACAUCUGUAUAGCACAAACAUUUAAAUACCCCAGUCAACAUAAAUUCUGCACAAAGAAGGUGACGAGGCAUUUGUCAGGCAUGAAUGCUGAUAGUAUGGAAUGCAUAUAUUGUGUAGUAUAUAAUAAAUUAUAAGUCUCGUGUGUGUUAUGUCAGUGAAUUCUAAUAAACCGUGUGGCACUCA